GUCCCAGCCUGCUCCGCGGCCACGCAUGCUUCCUAACCGGCUCCCUGUGGCUUUUCCCGGCCCUCUGCCUGAGGUGCUUCCCAGCCUGCUCCGGCCGGGAUCGGGGCGGCUGAACCCCAUGGGGUGAAGGGCGGAUGGCGGCGGCCGCACUCAGGAUGGAACAAAUGAUGUUUGGUAUUUCCUGCACUGGACUGGGCACACUGGAUUCAGAAAGCACGGAGGCUCAACACUGAGGCAUAGACCACAUUUCCUACUGGAGUAAGACACCUGCAAUGGGAAAAAAAAUGUUCUCCUAGUCCCAGGGGAAGUUUGAUUCUGAAUACUGGUGUGCUUUUUAAAGAGAUGCCAGUAGUUCUGUCUUGUGGAUAAUUCUACAAUAAGCAGAACAGCUGACGAUACAAAGGACAAUGCACAGUGUGUGUCCUGAUGACAUUUUGUGUGCUGUGACUUGAUUUUUGUCAUGGCAUCUGAGACUGAAAAGGCCCACGCUCUUCUCCAGACUUUCAGUACAGCCUCAGUUAUUUCCAGUCUAGGUUUGGGAAUAUUCUGCUUUGUAGCAGACAGACUUCUGCAGUUUUCCUUCAUUCAGCAAAAUGACUGGCUCCGAGCCUUAUCUGAUAAUGCGGUACAUGGUAUACUGGGAAUGUGGUCCUGGGCUAUAGUGAUUGGACUCAGAAAGAAAAGUGACUUCAGUGAGGUCACCCUGGCUGGCUUCCUUGCCUCUGUCAUUGAUGUGGACCACUUCUUUCUUGCUGGAUCCCUGUCGUUAAAGGCUGCUCUGACUCUUCCACGGAGACCACUUCUUCAUUGUUCUACUGUGAUUCCCGUGGUGGCUCUGACAUUAAAGUUUAUCAUGCAGCUUUUCAGGCUUAAGGACUCAUGGUGCUUUCUUCCCUGGAUGUUGUUCAUAUCCUGGACUUCUCAUCACGUCCGUGAUGGGAUUCGUCAUGGCCUCUGGAUCUGCCCAUUUGGAAAAACUCCUCCCUUGCCGUACUGGCUGUAUGUGGCAAUUACAGCAUCUUUACCUCAUCUAUGUUCAUUUAUUAUGUAUUUAACGGGCACUAGAGAAUUAAUGUCCAUAAAACAUGGAAUCCACAUUGAUGUAUAGGAAUAAUGACUUUAAAGGUGGUUUGUGCUAGCACUGGAAAUAACCUGCCUGUCUAUCACUGAAGGGUUUCCUUAUGUUUCCUACACCUUCUGAAUUAGGCAUUUUAAGGUUUUGGAGCCAAUUACAGCUCUUGUGUCAAUUCCUUGUGGUCAUAGAACCUAUUUAAUGAAUGACAAUAAUUUUAUGUCUGUACAUUCCCCUUGUAAAGUGUGUGGUCUUCUAUGAUAGUUCAUGCCUAGCAAGCUGAUUUAUAAAGUACUUAGUUUGUCUAUGUAGUAAUUACAUUGCAUUUUGCUGUCAUGGUGCCAUUCAUUUGAUCACCAUUCACUUGGAUUUGUAUUCUGCCUUUAGAGAAUACAUUUCAUCUAGAUAGUAUUUGUAUAGCACUUUAAAAGUGAGAAGUUCUAUAUAAAUGCUAAGUAUUACUGAGGAUACUUCUAAAAAAACCCUCAAUUAGCCUUUUAAAUUUAUUUAUAUGUUAGGAGUCCUACUGGACUCUUGUAUUCAACCAUUUUAAAAGAAAUACUGCCUGUAUUUCACACUGUCUAUCCACACCUCUUUGAACCUGCAAUCACAGAGUUUUACUAAAUUCUAUAUUCCCCUGUAGUUGCUUGGUACUAAAUUUGCAGAUGAUUACUAGCUUCAAAAUUAGAAAGGAGUAGACAGUUUGAUUAUAGUAUUAUGGUGUGUUGGCCAAAUUGUUUAAUUUUUUAAAAUACAGUAAUUAUGAAUACUAUUUAAUUUGGAAUUUUAGUAAAUAUUUAAGGAUUAUGUGAAGAUUCAGGGAGACACAAGGAAAUAAAAAUUGCUCAUAAUACAAGUUUGUUUAAAGACAUUACUACUCAGUAAAGCAUUUUCCAUUAAGUGCAGUAUCAUCCUCAUAACUGUAAAAUAAAAUGCAUUAUUAUUAUUAUACAUAAAUAGAAAUUUCCUCAUAAAUAAGUUCCUUAAGGAAAAGUGUUAUUAUGCUGCAGGUUUAUGAGGUAAUAAUUUGCACUAUGGACUAUUCAGUUUUCAUUUACAGACAUGUCUCAGAAAGAAUCCCAAACUAAAAGUUGUCUGGUCUUGUCUAACUAGACAAGAUUGUCUAGACUUGUGUAGUGUAUGGUGUACAAGCUGAGAAUGUCUAUUAAUAAUUUUAAAAUUUUUUAUUCAUUUCCCAUUAAAGAGAUGGGGCCUUAACUACUCCAGCUUGUGGUGAAUAGCUGUCAAAGGGGAUAAUUUUUAUGGAAUUGCAUGUAUAGGGUAGCAUGUGCUUAAAUUAGGUUACCAAGGGGUGCAAGGGUUUAUGGGAUGUGUACAUUUACAUUAUUAAAUGUAUAUUAGGAUAAAGUUUAAAAAAAGAUAAAUUAUUAACUGGGAUGCCUGCCUUAAUGAGUACCAGAAACUUUCUGUGGCUGCAGAAUACUUAAGGCUCUUUGCAGCUUUCUAUGCUAGUUACAGAAAGUGUUUCACCUCUUUAAAAUGUGACUUUCCAAGAAUAGUCUCUGCCCUGUCUGUUCUUCAUGUUAGAAAUGUAUACCAAUGCAAACUUGUCUGAUAGUACAGUGGGCCUGUCUAGCCUUUUUUAUAAAAUGAAUAAAAAGUUUCUUUCUUGGAAAGAAGAUUGGAAGAGCAAAACAUUCCUUAGAGGGUUAUCCUCGUGCUGUGGGUUUCUGUCCCUUAGAGUUUUCCAGAAACAGCAUAAGAAAUGUCUUGCUUUAGAGCCCUCAGAUCAAAACUGUCUUUUAUCUAAAGGCAUGAUGGUUUACAAGGGCAGCAUUGCUCAUUCAUUUACUUCUAGCCUGUAUUUUAAACUACAGGCUAUGAAAUGCCAAUAAUGAAUACAUUUUGUGCAAGGGGUGAACACCAAAGCCCAUUUAGAAAAUCUUCUGUAUUCUUGUUUCAUGGUAUAAUAUUUGUAUAAUUUUGUGCUUUAUCCAGAUUUCAUGCAAAGGGAAAUGUAUAUAGGAACAAAGUGUAGAAUUAUACUUUCUCAGUUUUAGACUGUAGCUGUAGUGUUUCUGGUAACUGUAUGUCCACCCACAGUCCUUAAGAUCAAUACUGUACUGUUCUAGAUAUGUUUAAGGAUCAGUUAAUGGGUACAUCUUCAGUAGUUUAAAACUACAUAGUUUCAUUCUCUUUAUUUCUAGAUAUUUCUGUGUGAGCUUUUACAGUAACUUUGAGCUGUAUUUUGAAACACUGUUUUUUCUGGCCUUGUUCUUAUACCAGUUCUAACUCAGCAAUAGGUGAACUCCACUCAGAUACAUAUUAAAGAAAGUAGCAAGUACUUUGUACCUCACGACUUCUUUCCCACCAGACAGACAUGGCAGUCUCACACCUCAGCCUGACAUUUAGGCAGCUUUCGCUGAGGCCAUCAGCCACUUUUCAAGGUAAACUGACACGCUGCUUGUACUGCUGUAAUUUGUGGGUAGCCAGAGUAGGGUACAAAGGAGAAGUUAGGUGUCUGUUUCAGCCUGUGUGUCGUGGGCAGAGUGGGAGCUACAGAGUUUAUAGAGAAGCCCUCCUGUUGAGUAACAAGGCACAGACAGGACCCUCUUGCUUUCUAAACUCCCCACAGAGGCCUCUGGGUGCAGCUGGAUCCAGCCUUAGCCCUGGACUCUGUCAAUGGUUUAUGUUAAUGGAUUAAAUAGGUAUUAUUGAACCUUUUCAUAGCUUUGUCCCACAGGAUUAAGGAUGACAAACCAGAGAUAUUUAUAUAAAAAUAAAUUAUUUAUUAUGAUACUGAUGAGACUAAAAGAUCUUAAUCAGAAUUAUUUACUACACAGUAUAGGUAGUUCUAACUGCUAGUCUAGUUCAGUCCACUAUUUUUGAAGCAAUAUUGAAGCAAUUAUAGCAAAGGUAGCAAAAGAAAUUAUGAAGUAGAGAUUGAUGUUACUCACCCAUACCAAUGAGUGUGGGCAAAUCUCUUUCUCUCAGCUUCGAGGGAUAACCUUGAGGCACAUCCCAACUCAAGGAAGGAAUCUCCACACAAGUUCCAGAAAGGGGAUUGUUGGAAGACUCUCCCAACUCGUUAAAAAGUAGGAGUGGGCCAUAUGUUUCCAGGCCAGCUGUGUAAGCUCAGCAUCUGUAAAUAAAUUAGUAGUUAGUAGUAGUACCACUUGUUUGUUGCUUUAUCCAGUACUUUACCAGGUCUGCCACAGCUUCACCUCUCUAUCAGGUGUGUCUAACUCUGGGAUUGAUGAGGCAGGCUGGUUUCAGCAUUAUUCAGCACCAAAAGCACCAGGACAGCCCCCUCCUGCAUUCACCACUGAUAGCUUUGCAAACAGGGCAUUAUUCGAGCUGUUUUAGUCCCCUCCAGGCAGAGCAUCCUGCUACACUUCCUCACCCAACACCUGCCUGCUACAGGUGAAUUGUCCAACAAUUCCUUACCAGGAUUUCAAAUUCACUGAUGUUUCCAACUAUGCAUUGAUACCUGCCAUGUGUAGCAAAACCAUGACAAUAAUAAAUCAAGGUACUAAAAAUA